GAUGAGGUAGUGGUGAAGGAAAUCGCCAUUACUCACCAUGUCAAAGAAGGCUCUGAAAAGGCAGAUCAGUCACACUUUGUCCUCUUGAAAGUACUUGGACAAGGAUCCUUUGGAAAGGUGUUUCUGGUCCGCAAAAUUACUCCACCUGACAAUAAUCAGUUGUAUGCAAUGAAAGUCCUCAAAAAGGCUACACUGAAAGUAAGAGACCGUGUAAGGACCAAAAUGGAACGUGAUAUUUUGGCUGACGUUCAUCACCCAUUUGUAGUGAGGCUCCAUUAUGCAUUCCAGACAGAGGGCAAACUUUACUUGAUCUUGGACUUUUUACGUGGUGGAGACCUCUUUACUCGUCUUUCAAAGGAGGUCAUGUUUACCGAGGAGGAUGUCAAGUUUUACCUGGCUGAGCUGGCUCUGGGUCUAGAUCAUCUGCAUAGCUUGGGGAUUAUCUAUCGGGACCUCAAACCUGAGAACAUUUUGUUGGAUGAGGAAGGUCACAUCAAGUUAACAGAUUUUGGACUAAGUAAAGAGUCAAUAGAUCAUGAGAAGAAAGCAUUCUCCUUCUGCGGGACAGUAGAGUACAUGGCUCCAGAGGUUGUGAAUCGGCAGGGUCAUUCACACAGUGCGGAUUGGUGGUCUUAUGGCGUGCUUAUGUUUGAAAUGCUUACUGGGUCCUUACCAUUCCAGGGAAAAGAUCGGAAAGAAACAAUGACACUAAUCUUAAAAGCCAAAUUGGGAAUGCCCCAGUUUCUAAGCAGUGAAGCACAGGGCUUGUUGCGUUCGCUCUUUAAAAGAAACCCUGCUAACAGGCUUGGAUCCGGCUUAGAUGGAGCAGAAGAGUUAAAACGUCACCCAUUCUUCUCUACCAUAGACUGGAAUAAAUUGUACCGCAGAGAGAUUAGUCCUCCAUUCAAACCUGCCGUCACUCAGCCAGAUGACACUUAUUACUUUGAUUCAGAGUUCACGUCACGCACUCCAAAAGAUUCUCCUGGAAUACCACCCAGUGCAGGGGCUCAUCAGCUCUUCCGUGGAUUUAGUUUUGUGGCUCCUUCUUAUGGCGGGGAAGAUAAAACAUGUUUUGCCUCUCCUUCACUAUCUGACUUGUAUCAUCUUUGUCUUAUUCCCUUCUUCACAAAGAUGCUCAGUAAGAAUGUCGCAUUUGCUGACGUGUACACGCUGCGGGAAACUAUUGGCGUGGGUUCAUACUCUGUUUGCAAGCGCUGUGUUCACAAGGGAACCAAUAUGGAAUAUGCUGUAAAGAUAAUUGACAAAUCCAAGAGGGAUCCAUCAGAAGAAAUAGAGAUUCUACGCCGAUAUGGUCAGCAUCCGAACGUCAUCACACUAAAGGAUGUAUAUGAAGAAGGGAAUUCUGUCUACCUUGUGACUGACCUUAUGAGAGGUGGAGAACUGCUGGACAGGAUUUUACGUCAAAAGUUUUUCUCAGAGAGAGAGGCGUGCGCUGUUCUCCUGACAAUGUGCAAGACUGUGGAAUAUCUGCACUCGCAAGGGGUUGUUCACAGAGAUCUAAAGCCGAGCAACAUUCUGUAUGUUGAUGAGUCUGGAAAUCCAGAGUCCAUAAGAAUUUGUGAUUUUGGGUUUGCAAAACAGCUACGAGCAGAAAAUGGAUUACUAAUGACCCCCUGUUACACAGCCAACUUUGUGGCCCCUGAGGUAUUGAAGAGGCAGGGAUAUGACGAAGGAUGUGACAUUUGGAGCCUGGGAAUCCUCCUCUAUACAAUGUUGGCAGGAUACACACCGUUUGCCAAUGGGCCAGAAGACACACCAGAUGAGAUCUUGGUGCGGAUUGGCAGUGGAAAGUUUACCUUGAAAGGUGGUAACUGGAACACCGUGUCAGACUCUGCAAAGGACUUGGUUUCUCGCAUGCUGCAUGUGGAUCCCCACCGCCGGCUUACUGCCCGUCAAGUUUUGCACCAUGAAUGGAUCACAAAACGAGACUUACUACCUCAGAGUCAUCUUAAUCGGCAAGAUGCACAGUUGAUAAAGGGAGCUAUGGCUGCCACAUACUCUGCCUUAAACAGCUCUAAGCCAACCCCACAGCUGCAACCAAUCAAAUCGUCCAUCCUCGCACAGCGACGUGUCAAGAAACUUCCUUCUACCAUCCUCUAGCAGGGUUUUCUGCUUACCACAGUCAUUCUCCUGUACUUGGUGACUUGUGAUGAUGGCUCUUAGCCACUACCAGCUUUCCAAAACUGUGCAACACCAUAUUUUACCCUGACCAUAUAAAGCUGUGUUACUCCUGCCAAUGUGGACUCAGCAUGGCACAUUUGAUGUGCCAUUAUUCACGGUACAGUUGCAGGAGACUGCAAGGGUCUAAUGCCCUAAAGAAAAGUGUACAAUUAUUGAAAAAAAAGCAUAGAUAUAUUUUAUCUAAGGUGGUUGUUGUGCUUCUUUAAAUCAUUACACAUCUCCCCUCAUCUCCUUGCAGCACUAUCUCAGGGCUGUCUGCACUCCUGCUGUCUGUGACAGUGAAGGGACAUUGCUGUUUGAUCUGUGACAUAUCAGAAUUCUGAGUAUUCAAUCGAUUUCUUGCCUUUUGCUUUGUGCCGCCAUUACAAAGCAAUCUCACAAACAUUCCAAUACAUAGUAUUUGUGUUUACACACACCAUGCAGACUUGGUGUAUUCACACACCUAAGGGCUCACUGUGCUUCAACCGCAUGUUGCUUUAUUCAAGUGACUGUUUUGGCAAGCAGCCAACACUUGCUACAAUUUAAGCACAAAGAAUAUGCGAAAUAGACCUUGAGAUUGAAAAAAAUGAUAUUUUAAUCUA